GGCCUGCACGACGUGGGGCAGCCGAUGGACGAAGUGCAGAUCGUGGACGAGCAGCACCUGCUUCUGCACGAUCAGACCGUGAUUCGCAAAGGUCCUAUUUCAAUGACCAAGAACCCCUUGAGCCUCCCUUGUCAGAAGGAGCUGGUGGGGGCCGUGAUGAACCCCAGUGAGGUCUUCUGCUCGGUCCCAGGAAGAUUGUCCCUCCUGAGCUCCACAUCUAAAUACAAAGUGACAGUUGCUGAAGUCCAGAGGAGAUUGUCCCCGCCUGAGUGCUUAAAUGCCUCAUUACUGGGCGGUGUUCUCAGAAGAGCCAAAUCUAAAAACGGAGGCCGGUCCUUGCGGGAGAAGUUGGACAAGAUUGGGCUGAAUCUUCCAGCCGGCAGACGGAAGGCUGCACAUGUAACCCUCCUGACAUCCUUAGUAGAAGGGGAGGCAGUUCAUUUGGCUCGGGACUUCGCGUAUGUCUGUGAAGCCGAGUUCCCUAGUAAACCAGUGGCCGAAUACUUGGUCAGACCCCACCUUGGAGGAAGGAAUGAGGUGGCCGCGAGGAAGAGCGUGCUGCUGGCUGCACAGCAAGUGUGUAAAGAAUUCACAGACCUUCUCAACCAAGACCGAACACCCAACGGGAACAACCGGCCCGCCCCGGUCUUGGAGGCCAACAUUCAGAACUGCCUGUCCCACUUCAGCCUGAUUACCCACGGGUUUGGCAGCCAGGCCAUCUGCGCCGCCGUGUCUGCUGUGCAGAACUACAUAAAAGAGGCGUUGGUCAUCAUAGAGAAGUCCUACAUGAACCCCGGAGACCAGAGUCCAGCCGAUUCCAGCAAGACCCUGGAGAAGAUGGAGAAGCAUCGGAAAUGAAACGGGCGGGAGCAAAGGGCCGAAGAUCUGGAAGGGAAAGAAUCUCCAAAGCCACUCUUAACCCGCACAGAUUGGGGAGCUCCUCCUGCCUGGGGGACAAGUUGAGCUUGUUACCUGGGUUCCCAUUAAAAAGGCCUCUGUUGAUCCGGAGUUUGACCUGCCCUCUCGGAGUCCUUAGUAUUUCUCUGGCGCUGAAGCGUCUCCUUAACUCUGGACAAGUUAUCAGAAGGUGACAAGUAUUGGUUUUUUACCUGUUAAGCUUAUUUUUAUUAUUUUGAACCCGUUCUUUCUGUCUCUGAAAGUGGUGCUACAAGUUUUUGAAUCUUUUAAAUCCAUCCCCUGGGCUAACAAAAAAAAAACAACCACUCACUUAGCUGUUGAAAUGUCAAAUUGAUGUGAUCCAAAUUAAUAACUUUUCAGUGUUAAGGUCAUUGCUGGCUUUUGUGCCCACUAAAUAUUUAUCUUUUAUAAAAAAGUAUUUAUCUAGAUCUUCAGAUAUCAAAUCCUGCAUACAGUAGGAGGCAGAUUCUGUCCACUUAGCAACCAAUUAAUAGGUGGUAUUGGACACUCUGAAAAAAUCCCCUUGUUCCAAGGGGCCUUCGGGUUUUAUAAAACGUGUAGAAACAAAGCCUGCUGAUGAUUUUAUGUUUUUUUUUAAACUUUGAAAAUUAACUCUUCAAAUGGGAGAUUCUUUGAAAUGACAUGUUCCUUUGAGGUACUGAAGCUUUAUUUGCAUAUUUAUUUCACAUCUUGGUGAUUCGAGUAAACUUGAAAAGGGUAGGCAUGAAGCGUUUUUUGCUGCCUGUCACCCCCAGGUCCCGGAGGAGGCGCUGUUAUUUUGAGAAACAGUGUGUUGCGUGUACAGAUUUUAUUUAUGCAUAAUUUAAUCGGGUCUGUAAAUACGGGUGCACUUCUUAAUGACUUUUUGAGAAAUGGGGUUCCAUUUUAAUGACUUUUAAAGGUGAUGGGGGUCAUCUAAAACACAUCCUUAGGUUCUAUUCGUAUGUACACAGGGUAUUUGGAAUUAGGGUCCUGGGGCUCUGUUCUAUUUAAUUGAAGCUCUCUGUUCACAAAGCAAUAACUUUGUGUCUCACUCCUGUUGGGCUGAUCCCAAACGGGAGUGCGCAGUGCGUGGAGAUUUGGACCUGAACUCCGUGCCUGUAAAUGUCCACACAUUAAAUUGUUGUGUAUAUGAGACCUGUACAAUAAAAGGUAUUCUCUAUAGCA